CCCGGGAGCAGCUGAGAGGGCCGCCGUCGCAUGCACCGAGCCCCACUUUUGCCGUCGUGGUCGCUGACACUGUCACCCCGCGCAGAUGGUGGGGUGGGCUGGAGGGUGUGCCCUCGGUACUCAAGAGCUGUACCCGGUCCCGCCCUGGGGUGAUAACUCGGGCUCCUCCUCCUUGGUCGUCUCCGGGAACUAAGCCCAGGCCCUGCCUCCGGGACACUCCGACGCUCACGUAGAUCAGGAGCAGCAGUCACUCCUGCCACCACUCACAGGCUCUCCCAUGAGGCCAGCCAGCAGGGGCCCGGGCUGCGGCGGCGCGGGACAGACCUCCAGCCUGCUCGUCUAGCCCCGUGAUGGCUGUGGACAUCCAGUACAGCUACAGCAGCAUGGCCCCUUCUCUGCGCCGGGAGCGCUUCACCUUCAAGAUCUCCCCAAAGCUGAGCAAGCCGCUGAGACCUUGUAUUCAGCUGGGCAGCAGGGAUGAAGCCAGCGGAAUGGUGGCCCCCACGGUGCAGGAGAAGAAGGUGAAGAAGCGGGUGUCCUUCGCCGACAAUCAGGGGCUGGCCCUGACAAUGGUCAAAGUGUUCUCGGAAUUCGAUGACCCACUAGAUAUCCCGUUUAACAUCACCGAGCUCCUAGACAACAUCGUGAGCCUGACGACAGCAGAGAGCGAGAGCUUUGUUUUGGAUUUUCCGCAGCCUUCGGCAGAUUACUUAGACUUCAGAAACCGACUUCAGACCAACCAGGUCUGCCUCGAAAACUGUGUGCUGAAGGACAAAGCCAUCGCCGGCACCGUGAAGGUCCAGAACCUGGCAUUCGAGAAGGUCGUGAAGAUCAGAAUGACGUUUGACACCUGGAAAAGCUUCACAGACUUCCCUUGUCGGUAUGUGAAGGACACUUAUGCCGGUUCAGACAGGGACACGUUCUCCUUUGACAUCAGCUUACCUGAGAAAAUUCAGUCUUACGAAAGAAUAGAGUUUGCCGUGUGCUACGAGUGUAGCGGCCAGACAUACUGGGACAGCAACAAAGGCAAAAAUUACAGGAUCAUCCGGGCUGAACUCCAGUCCACUCAGGGAAUGAUUGAGCCGUACAAUGGACCGGACUUGGGAAUAUCCUUUGACCAGUUUGGAAGCCCCCGGUGUUCCUACGGCCUGUUCCCAGAGUGGCCAAGUUACCUGGGAUAUGAAAAGCUGGGUCCCUACUACUAGUGACUGAAAUUGACAGCCUGACUGAUCCAGAUGCAGUAGAGAGUGCAAGACAAGAGUGAAGCUGAACUGCCAUUAGGCAUGGUUUUUUGAAAAGAUGGGAUCCUGUUCGCCUUUUUUGGUAACCCAGCAAGUCCAACGUGUUUCCAUCACAGCUGGUUUCUUGCUCGGAGGAUAACUGCUGGUCCUCUGUGGCAUCCGGGCUGGCCACAAAAGAAUGCACAGGAUGGUGCCAGGGUGGUCUGGAGAGGAGCCAAGCUGGCAAGAAUGGAGGAAGCUGGCUUCUCCUCCACCCUUGCAUGUGGAAAGUCAGUCACCCAGAAGCCACCAGUCUCCAGCCUUACCAUUGACCUCGGGGUCCCACCCCACCCACGCUUUCCCAUGGGUUGCCUUCAUUCCACACGUCCUCGGAGUCACCUCUAUCUCAGCUCCAUGACACACUGGCCUGAUACCCUGUAGCUUCCAAAGAGCGGUGGAGGCAGCCCCUUUCUGUGAAAGCUCAUGCUCUGCAUUUCCCUUCUUCUCCUGCACAGUCCAGCCAGUGAUCCGGACCAGAUAAUCAAAGGCAAACAAGUAGUAGUUCGUGGCUGGGAUAGGCAUUUCCUCUCCCCUCUUCCUGACCUCUUCUUUAUAUUCCAACAGAGAGCGACACACCAGUUACUGGAAAGUCAUUGGUCUCCAUGUGGCGACAUGGGGUACAGCCUGGUGACAUGGUGGGAUAGCCACAAGUUUUAGCUUUUGCGUUUUGGGGGUGCUUUCUAAGCACUUGGUUUCACUCUGAAUGACCAGAAGUCUCAAGGACUAGAUCUAUCUCCACUUGCCUGGCUGGCGUGUGAGCUGCUUUAGUUAUGGGAGAAUCGUAGCUCUCUUCUUCUGGACCUAUCACGUCAGCGCCGCAUAUGAGACGUUCAAAUGGCGUGUCCGGCACACGCUGGAAGCCUCCAGAAAAUGGUUAGAUUUGUCUGCGGUAUGCAGUCAUAUUUGGGAUGCUUCAUAAGCAUCCGAGGACGUUGGUUGGGAGCUUUUAUUUAUGGUGUGUAUUGUAACAGGGAGGGGAAAAAAAAACUUCAUCUAGUUUUCCUAUGUUAUUUCAAAUGUUUGUCAACUCUGGGGUUUCAGAGAUGAAUUUUUUUCUCAACCAUAUUGGACUGCAGCGCAUUAUCAAGUGGUAUUUUGAGACUCCUGGAACUGUUACUGUUGGAUGGUCCCCCAGAACCUGUGAUUUUUCUCUUGGGCAAAUUAAAAUUGUAGGGCAGUUUGAAAACUA